GAGAGAGAGAGAGAGAGAGAGAGAGAGAGAGAGAGAGAGAGGCACCAUCUGCCCUCCCCCUCCCUUUUCAUUUGCUCUACAGACCUCCAUACGGGUAUUUUACGUUGGCUGCUGACAAAAUUAUUUCUCCGAGGCUUGUGGAGAGCUUGGAAGACGUACUGACGUAUGCAGGCUGCACUGGCUUUCUCUGGCCACAGGAAGGCAACGAAGAGCCUUGUCAGCCACACAGGCAUGUGCAUGUAUGCAGUUACAUACAGGCAAGAGGAUAUAUGCUGGUUUAACACAGAGCAUUAUAUGAGUGAUCUUAAAGGCUCAGGCAUUCAGUUAUUUAUAGAACACUAUAGUCAUCUAUUAUCCACAGUGUUUAUCAAUAGUAAAUAUAUCAUAUAGAUUUCAUAUUUAUAUUUAUGGUCUUCAAGUACACUUACAAACCGCUGAAGGUGAUUGGGAGACUGUUUAAUGGGUAUACUCAAAUAUAUUUAAUAUUAUAUAUAUUAGAGUUGUAACAAUCAAGAUUAUCUUUCUUUGAAUCAUAUUUUUACGUCACUGUUCUGUAGACGCUUACUGAUGCCACCAUUGGUGAAAAUAGGUAUACUCCGUCCACCAAUGAAAUUCAGAGCUGUACAAAGAGAUCUACUCCCUCUCGCCGAGUAGCUUCAGCGUCGUAGCCAUUACAAUGUUCUGCACAGGAGAGGAGGGAUGCAUAUGCAGACACAAAGCAUGACUGUCUCUGUGGACGCAUCUACAUUGGAUCACAGACAUUUUACACUAAUCAGUUAAGAAGUUGGGAUUGGAGUGAGAAGAUAUGGGAUUUUUGGAACGAGGAAUAAUGUGGAACAAAUUGACUGCAUGGCAGGUGUUUUUGUGGUGGCAUCAUUUCUUUCUCUUGUGGACUACAAUAGACGGACAGACUCGCUACAGUAUCCCGGAGGAACUGAAACAGGGCUCUGUGGUAGAAAAUCUAGCCAGAGAUUUGGGGUUGGUUGUAUCUGAACUGCACCGACGUAAAUUGAGGAUAACCUCGGAAGCUGGUAAGCAGUAUUUUAGUGUGGACUUGGGGAAGGGAGAACUGGUGGUGAUUGAUAGGAUAGACAGGGAAGAUCUGUGUGGACAAAGACCGUCAUGUUUGUUGCCUUUGGAACUAGUCAUAGAUAACCCCCUUCAGCUGCAUAGAGUCGAAAUUGAAAUUCAGGAUACAAACGACAAUUCCCCUAGUUUUCUUACUAAAGAGAAAGUAUUGCAAAUUGCAGAACUGGUCAAUCCAGGCGCGCGGUUUCCUUUAGAAAGUGCACAGGAUCCCGAUGUGGGCUCUAAUUCUGUACGCGCUUAUUUUAUAAGCAAAAAUGAUCAUUUCAAAUUGACUGUUAAAACCCACAAGGAUGGCAGAAAAAUCCCUGAAUUGGUGCUCGAAAAACCUCUUGAUCGAGAAAAGCUGCCUGUGUACAAUCUUAUUCUCACUGCUGUCGAUGGUGGAGAUCCGGUGCGCUCAGGGACAUCUGAAAUUAAAGUUAUAGUUCUUGACAACAAUGAUAAUGCGCCACAAUUUGAAAAGCAGGUAUAUGAGGCUAAUGUCAGCGAAAAUGCAAGACCUGGAACUGAAAUAUUGCACGUCAAAGCCACAGAUGCAGACGAAGGACAAAAUGGAGAAAUCGAAUACUACUUCGCAGAGCAAACUACGGAUCUGAUUUUAUCAUUAUUUGACAUUGAACCUUCUACUGGAGCUAUUGUUGUCAAAGGAAGUUUAGACCAUGAAACGAACUCUUUACAUAGAUUUGACAUAACUGCUAAAGACAAAGGAAACCCUAAGAUGGAUGGGCAUUGUUGCGUCGAAAUUAAAAUAGUUGACAUUAACGAUAAUAUACCUGAAAUAAUUGUGACGUCUUUAACAACACCUGUUCCAGAAGACUCUGCAAUCGGAACAGUUAUUGCAUUGAUAAGUGCAAAAGACCCAGAUUCGGGUGACAAUGGUAAGAUUACGUUAAGCGUGUCUUCCAAAUCCCCCUUUAAGUUAAAUCCUUCAGUCUCUAACCAUUACUCAUUAGUGACAAAAGUGCCACUUGACCGUGAAAAAAACGGCAAGUAUAGUGUCAAGAUAAGUGCUACUGAUUCUGGGAAGCCCCCGUUAUCGAGUGAAAAAAUAAUACUUGUUGAAUUGUUAGAUGUAAAUGACAACCCACCAGUUUUCUCCCAGCGUUCUUAUGUAGUUUAUGUAAAAGAGAAUCAUGCUCCUGGGAAAAUUUUGUGCUCAGUGUCAGCAGCUGAUUCUGAUUCGGGUGACAACGCCAAGAUAUCCUACUCCAUCUUGGACUCUAAGGUGCAGGACGUUUCUGUCUCAUCUUAUGUUUACAUUAACUCAGAU